AUGUCUGCGGAAUCUGUUGCGCGCUGGAACGCGAUCCCUCUCAACCGCCCAGAGCCGGACGAGAUUGCCAACCCGUCGUUGAAGCGACCCUGCGACGAAGGCGACCAGGAUGACGAUACCGAGGACGACAUCUCUCUAGUUUCCCGGACACCUUCUCCGCCGCCCCCUGAUGCCAUGGACGUAGACAAGUACGAUGAGUACUACACCAACAAGCCGUCCCGCGAAGUCAUCACCGUGGAGACCAAAAUCAAAAGCACAAACGUCGGCUUUUCAAUGCUCGCGAAGAUGGGUUGGGUAGAAGGAACGCCUCUUGGUAUCUCCGGCGAUGGUCGUGUUGAACCUGUGCCGUUCUAUGUAAAGAACGAUUUGACUGGACUCGGAAAGGCCAAUCAGGACGUUCGUAUGAUCGAAUCAACCGUCUCGCAACGCCGCGAAUUGGAUUCAGAGCGGCAGACGAAAGAGACGGAGGAGCAGCGGAGGCAGCGCGAGGAUGCGGUUGCGCGCCGCGCUGCGGUCCAAUCCGAGAUCUCCAGCGUCCUCCGGCCAUUCUACUGCGAAGUUUGCGAGAAGCAGUUCAAAAAUGUCGCCCAAUAUGACGAGCACACCAACUCCUACGCGCACCACCACAAGGUCCGCUUCCGGGACAUGCAGCUUGCCCAGCGCGCCAGCCGCAACACGGAAGAGGAGAUCAACAAGCGAAAGGAGAAGGAGCGAAAGCGUGAAGAGAAGGAGCUUCGCAAGAUCGCGAAGGCCGCCGGCGUGAAGAUGGCUAAGCCCCCCGUCGCUGGGUCUGCAGUAGUCGAGGCCUCGUCUGUGCUCGCCGGGUCUGCUGGCCCCAGCGGUAGUCUCAAGAAGGGUGGAUGGGCGACAGUCACGACGCCCAGUGCGACUACGCCUUCUCCCCCCGCUGAACCUCCCAAGCGAUCAGGGUGGGCUACUCACAGCGCCCGCUCUCCCAUCUGA